AUGGUCGAAAAGGCCCAUUGGUGGGGACGCUGCUGGGAAAGUUUGAUUCGAAGCGUGAAACGUCCGUUGCGAAAGGUAGUUGGUAGAACCAAUCUAUCCUACGACGAGUUGCAUACUAUUGUGGUGGAAAGCGAGGGCGUAAUAAUUGCACGACCCCUAACCUACGUGCACGACGAUGAAGAAGCUGUAUUUCUUCCGCUAAGCCCGUCGCACUUGGUGUAUGGAAGACGAAUAACGACCAUGCCAAACAGUGAGCACUUUGAAAUUCAGACCACCUAUCAAUCUUUGACGAGAAAGGCGAAACAUCACAAAAAUUUGCUGCAACGUUUUACUCUUCAAUGGAGAAACGAGUAUCUUUUAGCCUUACAAGAGCAAUACACUUCAAAAUCAAGAGGUAAUCAAAAUCCCGAAAUAGCAGUUGGAGAUAUCGUAAUUAUUCGCAACGAUCAAACAAAACGUAUCUUUUGGAAGGUAGCGAAAGUUGAACAAUUGUUACAAGGUGACGAAAGAAUUACACGAGCUGCACAAAUCAGAGUCCUUCGUGGAGACUUUAGUCAUUCACACUUGUUGCGACGUUCUAUCAGGCAGCUUAUUCCAAUUGAGGUUCAUCAGGAAGAACACAGUAACGAAAGAGUAGAGAGCGAUAAGAACGGCGAAGAAGAACAAGUGCUUCGUCCAACUGAUCGACCACAGCGCAACGCGGGAAUAACAGGACAGUUGCGAAGAUUGCAGAAUACAAACAAGCUCUACACAACUGUAUAUUCUUAG